AUGCAACCUUGGUCAACACGUCGGGCUCAGAACCGCACACUGAGAAUCCUUCGGUCUGCGACCGAGGGCCAGUACGGUGUCUUAGCCGUAAUCUGCUACAACAUUGAACACCUCACUGCCCUUGUCCGAGCCGCCGAGGCCAAACGAUCUCCUCUCAUCCUCCAACUUUUCCCAUCGACAGUGCAGCAAUUGCCAACGCUGGCAUGGGCUGCUGCUGCUGCCGUGAAGUCAGCUACCGUGCCGAUUUCCCUGCAUCUUGAUCAUGCGCAGGAUGAGGAGCAAAUCCGUGAGAUUGCGGAAAAUCUCCCCUUCGAUUCGAUUAUGGUGGAUAUGAGCCAUUACGAGCAUGACGAAAAUCUGGCCAAGACAAAGGUUUUGACUCUAUUGUGCCACGAGAGAGGCAUCGCUGUCGAAGCUGAGAGUGGCCGUAUCAACGGAGGAGAAGAGGGCAUCGCGGACACCGGAUCCCUUGAAGCAUUGUUUACGACUCCAGAAGAGGUCGAGGACUUUAUCUCUGCCGAGAUCGACAUGCUUGCGCCAAGUAUUGGGAAUAUUCACGGAGACUAUGGCCCGGCUGGACCUCAGCUAGACUAUGAACGUCUAGCUAGAGUUAACGAGCAGAUUCGGGGUCGCGUGGAGAUGGCUUUACAUGGUACGAAUGACUUUACACCAGAGAUUAUUAGACGUUGCAUAGAGAACGGCGCCAUCAAGCUCAAUAUCAACAAACUCAUCCUGGAAUGUUGGAAUGAUCACCUCAGAAAGAACGCGGACAAGCCGCUGAUGCAGCUGAUCGAUGACAGUAUAGCGAUUUUGCAAGCUGAGGUUGAGCGAUGGAUGGAUGCCUGUGGAAGUAGCGGCAAGGCGUAG